AAAUAAACCGUUAACGUCUCACUCCUUGAACUCAACAGUAAAGUCCCUGCACGCGCCCGCAUACAGUGGUCAGUUUAUAACCGUUAACUAACCGUUAACUAACGGCUCAGGUCGUAGUAACGUUAAAUGCGUUAAGCUCUGAACAUGUCCGUCGAUAGGAUGGAGAGAGACAGAGGGUUUAACUUCAAGCUGCUGGUUCCUCCCAGAGUGAGUAACGGACAGGUGUCUGCUGUCCGACCUCAGGAGAUCUGUGAGGAGAGCUGUGGUGACUUCAUGAGUACAGUACAGCAGGGUUACAGUAAAGGUUUUGAAAAGGAGCAGAGCAUGCCUUUCCCCAAUACAAGCGUGGUUGCACCAACUAAACCAACCAGACCAGACUUCCCCAAGAUGAAAGUUGUGCCACUAAUGGAAAAAGGCGAGUAUAAUUGCAGUCCUGGAGAGCUUUAUUCCAAGCUGUUUGAUGAAGUUGAGAAAGUCAAGUGUUGGAAGGUCAAAGUUGACUCUGACACUGUGCAAAAGGAAAGGACACUCCAAGAAAACAAAAGAACAAUUGAAACUCAGCGCAAAGCCAUUCAAGAAUUGCAGUUUGGAAAUGAAAGUCUCAGCGUAAAGCUGGUGGAACAGAUCAGUGAAAAUGAGGAUUUGAGGAACAAAAACAACGCCACAAGGAACCUGUGUAAUAUACUCAAGGAUACUUUUGAGCGGUCAGCUGAUAAAAUGCAUUUAUUUGAAAUCGAAAGAGAAGAAACACAUCACCUCUUUAUGGAAAAUUCUGGAAGUGUUCAGAAACUGAUUGCAGCAUUCGAAAGCCUUCGUAUUCGAGCAGAAGCUGAUCAACAAGAGAUGCAGAGAGUCAAAGAGGCCUUGCUGCAAUUUGAAGAUCUAAAAGUGAAAUACCAUCAGGAAUAUAACAUGAAAGAGGAAGAGGUUGCAGUGCUCCAAACAAAGAUUAAAGAUAAGGAAAAUGAACUCCAAAAACUGCUGCUUGACCUUCAUGAAACCCAGAACCACUGCAAACAACUUCAGGAGGCAACAAAUGAGCAAUAUGAACUUCUUAAAAGCUCAAAAACCGAACAAGAAUCCCUUCUUCAAAAGCUGCACACUGCAGAGCAGCGUUGUAAAGAGACUGAGAAAAAUCGUGAAGCUAUUGCGGGAGUGCUGGAACAAAGCAAAAGGGAACACGCAGAGAUGAUUCAAAACAGAGACUUGAGCUUGCAGCAGCUCAGCAGAGUUAAAAAUCAACAAGCGGAGAAGCUGGAGCAGAUUCAGACAACCAUUCAGGAGCUACAGAAUUCACUCGCCUUAGAGAUACAGAGGGCCAAGGAACUGGAGGAUAAACUCAUGGCGAACAACAAGGAACUUGAAAGAAGAAACACACUUUUAGGAGAGAGCAUGGAGCAGAGUGCAAAGAAAGAUGGGCAGAUCAAAAUCCUUGAAGAUGAACUGGACAAAACAUCUAAAUCCGUUCAGUCCAUGAAGGGUAGGAAUGAUGUCACUGAAGUUAGAGUGGAGGAUCUCACAGCUGAGCUUUCGAGGAAAAGUGAAGAAGCCCAGGUGUUUAAGAAUGAAGCAGAGGUUGAGAAAGCAGAAAAAGAUCUACUGAAGAAGGCUUGUGAAGCUGCUGAAAAUGCACUAGACAAUUUAAAGGAGAAGUCCACAGAGACCGAGAUCAAAGUGCAGGUGCUGGAGGGACAGUUGUUUACUGAAACAAAGAAGAACAAAGAACUGACCUUUCAGAUGGAGCAACUGACGAAAGACUUCAUGCAGCACAAAGUAAAGUACAAAGAGCUAUUAUCCAACUUUAAUGAGCUGCAGUCUGAGAAGACGGCCAUUCAACAGCAGUUUGAGAGUGGAUCUUCUAAUGUGAAAGCUACUGAGGCAAACAUAAAGGUAAGUGAGAAGAAGGCGGUGAAGCUCACAAGAGAAAUUCAAAGACUGGAAGAAGAAAAUCAGUGUUUACGAGAGGAAGUAAACUCCAUUAAAACCAAAAGCCAAGGGACGGAGACUCUGCAGAAGAAAAUUGAAGAAAAUUGUGAACAUCUGCAGGAGGAAAUUACAGAAAAAGAGAAACAGAUCAAAUCUGUGGAAACAAAGCUGUGCAAUCUCAGGAAGAAAUUUGAAAUUAAACUUAGAGCCCAGGAGGAAUACCAGAAAGAGAAUAAAAUGCUUAAGAAACAAAUAACAAAGGAGAAUGCAAAAUCCAGUCAACUUGAAAUUGGGAUCAACGAUCUUCACGAGGAGUCCCAGAACCUUAAAAGACUGAACGAAGAAGACCAGCAGAAGUUGCUUAAGGAUCUUGAGUCCAAAUCAACCUUUGCAGCAGAGCUUGAGAAUGAGGUACAAAAGCUCAGAUUAACAGCAGCAGAGGCCAUCAAGUACAAGGAAGACACAGAACUCAAGUGUCAAUACAAGAUAGCAGAUAUGGUCACACUGAUGGAAAAACACAAGAGCCAGUAUGACCGGAUGGUUGAAGAAAAGGAUGCAGAGCUUGAGGAGAACAAGAAGAAAGAGGCAGAGGCUGUUGCCCAUAGGAAAUCUAUGGAGUUGGAUCUCGCGAAGCACAAGACAGAUGAUGAUCAGCUGAAGCAACAGCUGAAGACAGAAAUAACAGAGAAGAAAAAUGUACAGAAGGAGCUGACUGACUUGAAGAAAGAAAUGUCAUCAAUGAAAACCGCUCAGCUGUCAGAAGCAAAGAACAAGCCGUCUCCCGUCUCAAACUAUAAACAAGGGAGAUGCUCCGAGACUCCAAAAGAGAGCUCUAUAAAGAGACACGUGUUUGACUUCUCCAAGGCCAGGAAAACUCCCUCCUACAGCAAGGAUGAUGGAAGGACUGCAGUUAUGAGGAAAGCUGAAUCUGACACUGAAUCCAUCAGAACAUCACGUGGAACAACACCAAAGACCAAGGAAAUUCACAAUGAAGACCUGAAAACCCCAAGAAGUAUUACAAACAGGAUUGGCGGAACAUCAAAAAUCAAAUCCUACAGAAUAAGGACACCUCCUGCUGCUGAAAAGGCAGCACGCUGGGGGAAGGGCAUCAUAGAGUUUGACCCCAAGUCCGACAGCUCUGAUCAACAUGAUCUCUUGACCUUUGUAAGUGCACCCGCACCCAAUUACUCUCCUCCACACUGCAAACUCAACAUCUUCAAAAAGAUCCAGAGCCCUGUCACUCAGAAAUCACCAGGGAACUCCUUGAAAUUAGCUGCAAUGAAAAGGAUGAGAGAUGCUGGUUGGACCGCUGUUACUGGCUGUGACAAAAAAAAGAAGACGACCAAUGAGAAGAUCUUUGCAUAAAUAGUGCUGUUACAGGUCAGAUAAACU